CGCUCAGUGCCAGGCGGGAGGCGACAGCGGUUGGAGGCUUCGCCGGGCUUUGCAGCGGGGACUUCGGAGGCGGCGGCGGCGCCUCAGGCACCUCGGCCCUGACACAAUGAGGCGAGUGGUACGUCAGAGCAAGUUUCGGCAUGUAUUUGGACAAGCAGUGAAAAAUGACCAGUGUUAUGAUGACAUCCGGGUUUCUCGUGUGACCUGGGAUAGUUCCUUUUGCGCUGUCAAUCCCAGAUUCGUUGCCAUAAUCAUAGAAGCAAGUGGGGGAGGAGCCUUCCUUGUGCUCCCUUUGCACAAGACUGGUCGAAUUGACAAAUCCUACCCUACGGUAUGUGGCCAUACAGGACCAGUGCUGGACAUAGACUGGUGCCCACAUAACGAUCAGGUCAUUGCCAGCGGUUCAGAGGACUGCACGGUUAUGGUGUGGCAGAUCCCAGAAAAUGGACUCACCCUUUCCCUGACCGAACCUGUGGUGAUUCUAGAAGGCCACUCAAAGAGAGUUGGCAUCGUGGCCUGGCACCCGACGGCCCGCAACGUGCUUCUUAGUGCAGGCUGCGAUAAUGCCGUCAUCAUCUGGAACGUGGGGACAGGGGAGGCCCUUGUAAACCUGGACGAUAUGCAUUCAGACAUGAUUUACAAUGUAAGCUGGAACCGGAAUGGCAGUCUGAUCUGCACGGCUUCCAAAGACAAGAAAGUGCGAGUGAUCGAUCCUAGGAAACAAGAGAUUGUUGCUGAGAAGGAGAAAGCACAUGAAGGAGCAAGACCCAUGAGAGCCAUCUUUCUGGCUGACGGGAAUGUCUUUACCACUGGUUUCAGCCGCAUGAGCGAGCGGCAGCUGGCCCUCUGGAAUCCGAAAAAUAUGCAGGAACCAAUUGCUCUUCAUGAAAUGGACACUAGCAAUGGGGUGUUGCUGCCCUUCUAUGACCCGGACACCAGUAUCAUUUACCUAUGUGGAAAGGGUGACAGCAGCAUCCGCUACUUUGAGAUCACGGAUGAAUCCCCGUAUGUCCACUACCUGAACACAUUCAGCAGCAAGGAGCCUCAGAGAGGGAUGGGUUACAUGCCCAAGAGGGGGCUUGAUGUUAACAAAUGUGAGAUUGCCAGAUUCUUCAAACUUCAUGAGAGAAAGUGUGAGCCUAUUAUCAUGACCGUUCCUAGGAAGUCUGACCUAUUCCAAGAUGACCUGUAUCCUGACACAGCGGGGCCCGAAGCAGCGCUGGAGGCAGAAGAGUGGUUUGAGGGGAAGAACGCAGACCCCAUCCUCAUCUCCUUGAAGCAUGGAUACAUUCCAGGCAAAAACAGGGAUCUCAAGGUGGUCAGGAAGAACAUUCUGGAUAGCAAGCCCACUGCAAACAAGAAGUGCGACCUGAUCAACGUCCCCAAGAAAACCGCAGACACGGCCAGUGUGCAAAAUGAGGCCAAGUUGGAUGAGAUAUUAAAAGAGAUCAAAUCUAUAAAAGACACAAUCUGCAAUCAAGAUGAGCGUAUUUCCAAGUUAGAACAGCAGAUGGCGAAGAUAGCAGCCUGAAGGUCCACCCCACCCCCUAAAUGGGAGCAAGGACUUGUGCUCGUGGCUGGUUGUUGGUGUGGUCCCAGGGAGGGCGAAGGGAGGCACUGCCAUUUGGAGACAUUCCGUUUCAGAUUUGUCAACCAGCGAUAGGCCACUUUCCAGUAAGAACUCAAUUCGUUUCCCAAAUUUGUAGAAACAAAAUGUGAUUUAAAAGCUGAGCUUUUUAUCAGAAAGCUUUUUUGAUGUUUUAAGUGUCAUGUGACUUGUUGAACUUUUAAAAGACAAAAGUGCUACUUUUAAAAGCCCAGAUAUUCUGAAUUUUAGAAAACCAACCAAUUCUUAUCCAGUGUCGUGCCCAAGUACCUUUUUUUACAAACAGGGACCAAUGCCACAUUGCUUUUUAUAUUUCUUUUUUUUUUUUAAAUGUUGCCAAAACCAAAAGUAGCUUUUUUUCUUUAUAUUUUGCUACCUUGCAGUAUUUGUGUGUGGUUUUUUUUUUUUUUCCUUAAUUUGAAAGGGACAGCACUGUGUAUGUUUAUAAACUAAAUGAAGAUACGAUGUUAUUUUGUAUAAACAUUCAUCUGAGAACAAUCAGAGCAGGAGCAUCGUGCUGGUUCCUUGGCAGCACAAACCUGGUCCUCUUAAUGACCGUACACAUGGAAGACUUGAAAAAUCACGUGGAUUCGUAUUACCACCCCUCUCAUUUCAUUGAGUCUUCUGAUCAAAAAAGUUCCAUAGCGUAUCGUUUCCUUUCUUUCCUUUCUCUUUUCUAGAAACUGGGUGGUUGUACCAGAAUGGGAUUUUGCUUCUUGGUUAUCCUGUGCUUCAGAUGAUUAUAAUCUAACCUAAACAAGCAUGCGUUUCUGCAGUUUUGUUACACACAGUCUAUUGUAUUUAUCACCCUAACAUCAUGUUUCAGGUUUGGGUCAAUACUUGACAAGGGUGCCCGGGACAAGAGGACGCACAUACUGUGGAGUGUUCCUUCUUGCCGGUUUCAGCAGCUUGCCUAGCUCCUGAGUACAGUGGGGGACUGAAAACUAGGGAACUUGCAGGGGAGGGUUUGCCUGCGUGAUCCUCUGCUUGCCUGCAUGUCCCGUGCUGUCCCCGUGCUGUGCUGGAGGAAGAAGGGGCUCUCCCUGCACCCCUCUCUUCCUCACCUGUGCGGCCACCUCUCUCAGGGCUCCCCCAGCCGUUCCUUUCUCCCGGCUGCCUUUCAGCCUUGACUGCAUUCAGCUAAGAUGAGGCCAGAGGGUGCUAUUGAAUCCUGAGGCUGAGAAGGAUGGUCUAGAGUGAAGCAGGACCAGAAGUGCAGACUCUGCUGUAGCUUUAAUGUGUGCAGACAUGGCCCUUUGCCCUUCCGGCUCGCACUGGGGCUGUGUCAGAGCACAGGGCCCCCCCAGAUUCAGGCGGGCCGGAGACUGAGCUCUGAUCCCCUGUUCCUUCCUAGGUCAGCUAGACCUUCUCUCCAUUUCCAUUUUCUCAUGUGUGCUUGAGAAACAGGGUUUAAGGAGCCUCUGUUCUGGAAGGUCUGAGUGUCUGUGAUGGAACGUGGAACAUAUAGUGCCAUUGGGACCACAGUGGGAACGCUUUUGCACAUGCUCGUGCUGGUGUGGGGACGGCACUGGCUGGCAGUGUCUGUGUACAGGGAACCAGGAUGGAGGCCGAGCGUGGCAGCAGCGGGUUGGAAUGCACAGCCAAGCUGGAGGUCAUGUCUGCACAGAAAAGGUACCGUGUUCUUAACCAAUAUUGGGAUCGCUGUCUCCACAAUUUCAGGGCGUCUGAAUGUUUGGUGUGGUUUUGUGUGUGUGUGUGUGUGUGUGUGUGUAUAUGUGUUCCUAAUAUUGAAGUGGAUAAUGAGAUGUAAAGAAAACAGUAAUUACAGUGACUUAUAUUCAAACCUGUACAUGUUUCUUUAUCAACGUAAUCUGCUAAGGACCUUCAUUUUUAAGAUUCAGAAAUAUUUUAAGGUUCUGAUAUCAAACUAAUUAAGUAAACAAAAUUGUCGUUGGUGAUGGUAAAACACCAUUGGGAAUGUGGUUCAAAGAGAAGAGGGUGGGCAAGGAAAGGUGACCCUGGUCCUAGUGUGUAGCUUAUGACUUAUUUAAUGAGCAGAUGCCCUGCCAGGCUCAGAGUCGGCACCUGAAGCAUUGUGGACUAUUCUUCCUGUUUUGUCUUUUUUUUUUGAAGCCAUGCUAUCCCAGAGGAGAACCAGUGAAUUGCUACUAGAUCGGCUCUUAUAGAGCGGCCAUAGUAUUCUGUCAAAACACUUGCUUCCAUUUUCAAAGAUAAAAAUCGUUGAUUACAAAAUGGUGUCCGUGUUUAUUUCACACCUGGGCUGUCUUUGAGGCCGCCCACAUCUCUCUGCCUGGCACAGCUUCUCUGACUCAGUGGAACUAGCCAGGUGACUUUUUCCUCUCUGAGGGUAAGUACCGGGGAGUGUGGGUGGGCCCCUCAGCUGCAGCAAGGGGGCGAUGAGGUGGGCUCCCCUGUAGUGGAGCGCUUACGUGCCAGAUUCCAGCAGGCCUGGAUCUCUGAGUCCUGUCUCCAGCCUUUGCCGGAGGUGUGAUCGGGGGCAGAUUUCCUGUUGAGUCUCUUUUCUUAUUUUGAAAGGGGGAUAAGAAUUCCAUAUGGUUUAGAUGAGAGAAAUACCACACAGGGUGCCCUCACUGCCCAGCUGCUGUUGUUCCUUCGCCAAACUGAUUCCCUGACAGGGCCUAUGAAAGUAUUUUUUUCUUCAGUAGAAGUGAAAUUCUCUUGACUUGGCUGUGAUUUUUAUUCCAGCUUCUCUUUUUUGCACUAAAACAUUGUCUCAUGACAUUUCAGUGAUUGUAGCAAAGAAUUCCCCACCAUUUGGUUUUGCUAAGUGUUUGUAAACAUGAAUAAUUGGCAGGAAGCUCCCCUCCUCAGAUACCUUCUCCUAAAGUUGCUAUAGUCUGGGAGGAGAACAGUGGGCAGGUUUGUGGCCAGCCGUGCGUGGUGACAGGAAGUAGAAGCUGGCAGAUGCUGUCGCCCCUCGGUGCCCUCAGUCAGGGGGCAGGCGUGUGGAGUGGGGUGUUUACGACCAGCUGGUUCUCUCACUUCAGCCGCCUUGCUGCUUUGCCAGAAGACCCAGCAGUCACCAUGUUAGCUCCAGACGGCCAGCAGCCAGGCUCCGUAGAGGGAGAACUUCCGUUUUUUUAAAGGCUACUUCCCUUGCUGAACUCGAUGUUCUGUGUCCAGACAAGCUUUUUGUUGGCUCUUAAGAAUCUGUUAACGCCAAGUGGCCCUUCCCUUUCUGGUAGCACUUAGAUGUCCUAAAGUUAUCAUGGGGUCAUGGACUUGAGUCAUGAUCAAGAACACUCACCCUUCCUUCUUCAGACAGGUUGGACAGCACCCUUUGUUCCUUUUUUUUAAUUAAAAUAAAAAUCCUUUCCUCCACUGCUAGAAGGAGUGUAUGCAAAGGUACACUCUUUCCAGAAGCUCGUGUGACAGGGCAUACCUUAAAUGUUCUUACCUUUGGGCCCAGGAUUUUUACCUCUGGGAAUUUUGUCCCAAGGAAACUAUGGGAGAUACAUAUCCAAGAAUUAGAAGAGGAAAAAUGAAUCCAGAAGGGUUGGUUAGUGAACCACCCCAGGACAGAUGGUUUUUGACAAACCUUUUAAGGAUAUAUGCAUAUACAAUGUAUACUUAUGUGUGGAGUAAAUACCACAAAUGUUGUUCAUUGCUAUGUGUAUAUUGUUGCUAUGUGUUGCUAUGUAGCAGUUGUGGGUAAUUUUUAAUUGGAUAUUUCUGAAUUUUUAAAUUUCCUGUAAAUCUCUUUAUUCCCAGAAAGAAGUUAUUAAAAUUAAUGUGUGAUAAAUUAAUAAUA